AUGGUCCAGGUCCGAGCACAUCCGCCCCUGCGAGAACGACGACGAAGGCCCAGCCGCCGGCAAAUUGCCCAGCUGCAACUGCUACAGGAACGGCAUGCAAGACCUGUUUUGUGCCUCAAUGCACGGCCAAGGAGACAUUGA